AUGGCGAAGGGUUGUUUGAUUACUAUUGUUUUAUUUGCCCUUCUGGCCUUCUCAAGGUUGUAUGUACAGCCAUUUUUUUCGCUUAUAUCAGACUGUGAUGAAACAUUCAACUAUUGGGAACCUCUGAACUUUCUAUUAAGGGGAUUCGGUAAACAAACUUGGGAGUAUUCACCGGAAUAUUCGAUCAGGUCGUGGGCAUUCCUACUGCCGUUGUAUGGAUUUUUGAAGCCGUUUCAUGACUAUUCUGCGGAACACAAUUUCCCAAGCUAUUUUACCUUCUAUCUAGCAAGAGCCUUGUUAGGCUUGGGAACACUGCUUAUGGAACUGUUCCUCUUCACAGAAAUUAAAAGUACUUUGUCAUUGACUACUGCUCAAUUCUGGUUAUUCUUUCAGUUAUUCAAUGCAGGAUGGUUUCAUGCCUCCGUUGAGUUACUUCCUUCAUCCUUUGGAAUGGUGACAUUUCUUGGGAGUAUGGCCUUCGGUCUUCGUUAUCUGUCGACGGGUUCCUCUACGCCUUUUGUUCUAAGUUUACUGUGCAAUUUUAUUGGAGGCAUUUUGGGGUGGCCAUUCGUUUUGGUUCUAAGCGUUCCUCUAGUCCUUCAUUUUUUGUUUAACCACAAAUUCAAAACAUCUGUUAAUACAGGUAUAGUUAGCAGCAUUGUCUUGGUGAUUGUAUUAUACGCAGUGUUUUCCAUUGACUCUUUAUUUUACGGCCAAUUCACUCCAGUCGCUUGGAAUAUCGUGAUGUACAAUGUCAUUGGAGCCAAUGAAAAUAGUGGGCCAAAUAUUUUCGGCGUUGAGCCAUGGUUCUAUUAUUUUUUGAACUUGCUACUAAAUUUCCCCUUGCCAGUUCUCUUCUUUUGUCUGAUCGGCUUGUCUAAUUAUAGACUGUGGCCUAUUUGGAUGUCAUUGGUGGCGUGGAUGACAACUUUCUUAAUGCAGCCCCAUAAAGAGGAAAGAUUUCUAUACCCCGUAUAUGGGAUCAUCACGCUAGCCGCCAGUGUUGGUACAUCAAUGUUUACAGAACUUAUUCGCAAACCAAGGAUGGUGCAGCGGAUUUUCCACGUCGGACUGUGUGCUGCAGUUAUUGCACAAUCACUUUUAAGGAUAUGCGCACUUGUGAAGAACUAUACGGCUCCUCUCGAGGUUUAUUCAAAUCUCACCGACAAUCAAGAUUCCAAAACUGUUUGUGUAGGUCGUGAAUGGUACCAUUUCCCCGCAUCUUUUUUCUUGCCUGACAAUCAUCGGUUGGGGUUUGUCUCUUCUGGCUUUGAUGGAUUGUUACCAGGAGAUUUCGCAGAGAGUGACGACUUGUUUGAAAGCAUACGUGCAAUACCUGAUUCUAUGAACAAUGAAAAUAAAUUUGACCCUGGCAAGUUAACAGACUUAGAAAAAUGCGAUUUUUAUGUUGAUUUCAUGUUGGAAAGUGAUAAUGAGAAAGAUUCACUAGACCCCACUUCACUUCCAGAGAAUUGGAGACCAGUGGUGUGCAAGCCAUUUGUAGAUAUACCACAAUCUAAGUUCUUUGGAAGAGCAUUCUUAUUACCCCAAUCGUUGAUCGACUGCAUACCCUCUCCACUCAAAGAGAAAGUAAACAGUAUUUACGGUGCUCAGUACCUCGAAUACUGUCUCUUUGAAAAGCAGCAAGAGUCUGUUUAG